AUGCUGCUAAAGCUCCUGCAGCGCCAGACCUAUACCUGCCUGUCGCACAGGUAUGGGCCCUGCCUGUGCCUCGGGGGCCUCGUCCUCAUGAUCGUCUCCGCCCUGCAGUUCGGGGAGGUUGUCUUGGAGUGGAGUAGAGACCAGUAUCAUGUUAUGUUUGAUUCAUACAGAGACAACGUUGCUGGCAAAUCAUUUCAGAAUCGGCUUUGUUUACCCAUGCCAAUUGAUGUGGUGUACACCUGGGUGAAUGGCACAGAUGUGGAACUGAUCAAAGAAUUGCAACAGGUCAGGGAACAGAUGGAGGAAGAACAGAAAAUAAUGAGGGAAAUCCUUGGAAAGAAUGCAACAGAACCAACUAAGAAGAGUGAGAAGCAAUUGGAGUGUUUGCUGACACACUGCAUCAAAGUGCCCAUGCUUGUCCUGGAUCCUGCACUGCCUGCCAACGUCACACUGAAAGACCUGCCGUCCAUUCAUCCUGUUUUACAAGCUGCUAACAACAUGUUCUUUGUAGCAAAACCAAAAAAUCCUUCCACCAAUGUGACUGUAAUUGUUUUUGAUAGCCCUAAGGAUGUUGAAGCUGCCCAUUCUGGAAUGCUAAAAGACAACAGCAAACAGAUAGUAUGGAGGGGUUACUUGACUACAGACAAAGAAGUUCCAGGUCUAGUAUUAAUGCAAGACUUGGCCUUUCUUAGUGGAUUUCCAGCUACAUUCAAAGAAACAAACCAGCUACGAACAAAACUGCCGGAGAGCCUGGCCUCCAAAGUAAAACUGUUGCAGCUCUAUUCAGAAGCCAGCGUGGCUCUCUUGCAACUGAAUAACCCCAAGGGUUUCCAAGAACUGAGCAAGCAAGCAAAGAAGAACAUGACUAUAGAUGGGAAAGAAUUGAUGCUUAAUCCUGCUUAUUUACUGUGGGACCUCAGCUCUGUCAGUCAGUCCAAGCAGGAUGAGGAUGUUUCUGCGAGCCGCUUCGAGGACAACGAAGAGCUGCGGUACUCGCUGCGAUCAAUAGAGCGACACGCCCCUUGGGUGCGGCACAUCUUCAUUGUCACCAACGGGCAGAUUCCCUCCUGGCUUAACCUGGAUAAUCCUCGGAUAACUAUCGUGACGCAUCAGGAAAUAUUUCAGAAUGUGAGUCACUUGCCUACCUUCAGUUCACCAGCUAUUGAAAGUCAUAUUCAUCGUAUCAGUGGCCUUUCUCAGAAGUUUAUUUAUCUCAAUGAUGAUGUUAUGUUUGGGAAGGAUGUUUGGCCUGAUGAUUUUUAUAGCCACUCUAAAGGUCAAAAGGUGUACUUGACUUGGCCUGUGCCAAACUGUGCUGAGGGAUGUCCUGGCUCAUGGAUUAAAGAUGGUUACUGUGAUAAAGCCUGUAAUAACUCAGCAUGUGAUUGGGAUGGAGGUGAUUGCAUUGGUAACAGUGGGGGUAAUCGCUAUGCUGCUGGUGGAGGUGCAGUGGGAGGUAUUGGGAAUGGCCCCCCAUGGCAGUUUGGAGCAGGAAUAAGUGGUGUUUCAUAUUGUAACCAAGGCUGUGCAAAUUCCUGGCUAGCAGACAAAUUCUGUGACCAGGCCUGCAAUGUCCUCUCGUGUGGAUUUGAUGCUGGUGACUGUGGCCAGGAUCACUUUGAAGAGAUGUACAAGGUGAUGCUUCAGCUUAAUCAGACCUACUAUGUUAUUCCCAAAGGGGAAUGUCUGCCCUACUUCAGCUUCAGUGAAAUAGCCAAGAAAGGAAUUGAGGGGUCAUACAAUGAUAAUCCAAUUAUCCGACAUGCUUCAAUUGCUAACAAAUGGAAAACUAUCCACCUAAUCAUGCACAGUGGCAUGAACACAACUGUGAUCUUUUUUAACCUUACAUUCCUAAAUAAAAAUGAUGAAGAGUUUAAAAUGCAAAUAGCUGUUGAAGUUGAUACUAGAGAGGAACCAAAACAGAACACAACUUCCAUGCAAAAAUCUGACACUGAUUUUAAAAGUGUAACUUCAGUACCAGAAGCUGAAAUGAUAUUUGAGGAUAUUCCAGAAGAAAAACGCUUUCCAAGAGUCAGGAGACGUCGAAAUGGCACAAGAGAGAGUGGACCUGAAGAGUUGAUAAUCCCAUCAGUAAAUGUGUCUCUUCUUCCUGAAGAUAUCCAGCUAGCACUGCAGAAACUGGACUUAAAACUACUAAAUGGUGAUAUAACUCAGAAAGGAUAUAAUCUAUCCAAGGCUGCUCUCCUGAGACCUUUCCAGUUUUUAACCACAACAAAGAGUAUUGUAGGCCUGGAAAAAAAGGGCAUGCAUAAUCAUUUAGAAGAUCAGAAGAACCAGAGCAACUGGGAGAAGCCUUAUAAAGAUCUAAAUGAUGGCAAAAUAAAAACAGUAAAAGCAAAGGAAGAAGUUCCCUCAAGGCUUAUGGGAACUAAGGGGACUGUUGGGACAAUGAGCACAAAUAAAUAUAUUUAUGAAGUACAGCCUAAAGCCACACUUCCUUUCCAGAGCUUGGGGAAAAAAAAUGAAACUCAAGAAAAAGUAUUGAAUGCACUCAUAUUAAGGGAAACACAGAAAUCAAAGCAUAUUAGGAAUUUUGAUACUGGAGAAGGUGCACAAGGGAUGGAAGGAGUAAAAAGGCAUGAGCAGGUGGAUGCAAAUACAAAGGAGGGGGUAGUGGGAAGAAAAUUGCAGUCCUAUGCUGGAAGUUACCAAGGCUUUUUGCCAUGGGAGAAAAAGAAGUAUUUCCAAGACCUUCUUGAUGAAGAAGAGUCAUUACUCAAACAAAUGUCAUAUUUUACUGAAGGUAAACAUUUUGGAAGGCAGCUGAAAGAUACAUUUGCUGAUUCCCUUCGAUAUGUAAAUAAGCUGUUGAACAGCAAGUUUGGAUUUACAUCUCGUAAAGUCCCUGCUCAUAUGCCUCACAUGAUUGACCGUACUGUUAUGCAAGAGCUCCAGGAUAUGUUUCCUGAGGAGUUUGACAAGACAUCAUUUCACAAAGUGCGUCACUCUGAAGAUAUGCAGUUUGCUUUUUCAUAUUUCUACUAUCUUAUGAGUGCCGUUCAGCCACUGAACAUUUCUCAGAUCUUUGAUGAGGUUGACACAGACCAGUCAGGCAUCUUGUCUGACCGAGAGAUUCGCACGUUGGCCACAAGGAUCCAUGAACUACCAUUAAGUUUGCAGGAUUUGACGGGUCUAGAACAAAUGCUAAUAAAUUGCUCUAAGGCUCUCCCUGCCAACAUCACUCAGAUCCAUGUUAUUCCUCCAACUCAGGAAGCAUACUAUGAUCCAAAUCUGCCUCCAGUAACCAAAAACCUAGUGACUAAUUGCAAACCUGUGACUGACAGGAUUCGUAAGGCUUACAAGGACAAAAACAAAUACAGGUUUGAAAUCAUGGGAGAAGAGGAAAUUGCCUUCAAAAUGAUUCGCACAAAUGUUUCUCAUGUAGUUGGUCAGCUGGAUGACAUACGAAAAAAUCCCAGAAAAUUUGUUUGCCUAAAUGACAAUAUUGAUCACAAUCAUAAGGAUGCACAAACAGUGAAAGCGGUGCUUAGGGAUUUUUAUGAGUCAAUGUUUCCCAUCCCUUCCCAAUUUGAACUGCCAAGAGAGUAUCGGAAUCGUUUCCUUCAUAUGCAUGAACUCCAAGAAUGGAGGGCAUAUAGAGACAAGCUCAAAUUCUGGACCCACUGUGUUCUAGUAACACUUAUUGUAUUUACAGUCAUCUCAUUUUUUGCUGAACAGCUAAUUGCACUUAAACGAAAGAUUUUUCCAAGGAGAAGGAUCCAAAAAGAAGCUGGCCAUGAACGAAUCAAAGUGUAG